AUGGCCAGACUCUUACAGGCUCUGCUGCUCCUGGUGAUCAUAGUGGGCCCUGUGUCUAGAAGAGUCCAAGCCUGGGGCUCACCCAAGAUUGUGAGGCCAUUUGAAGACAUACCCCAAACCUAUGUCUAUGUGCGGCAAGCAGUCUGGUACGCCAUGAAGGAGUAUAACAAGGCCAGCAAGGACCAGUACAACUUCAAGGUGGUGGACAUCCUAAAAUCUCAGGAGCAGAUCACAGACAGCCUGGAAUACUAUCUUGAAGUAAAUGUUGCCCGAACGAUGUGCAAGAAAAUUAUAGGAGAAAAUGAAAACUGCUUGUUUCAAAAUGAUCCUAAAAUGAAAAAGAUGCUGUUUUGCAUUUUUAUUGUUAGCUCCAAACCGUGGAAAUUUGAACUUAAAAUGCUGAAGAAACAAUGCAAAGAGAUCUAA